GGUGUGAGUUGUGUUGUGAACUUGUGACUGUCUGAGUGAAACUGAGACAGUGAGAAACGAGUCCUUAUUUUUGGUAGUUUUGUACCAAACAAUGGUCCGUAGCCGUCUGAUUUCUGAGGGUUUCUGCUUUCCGGUGGUGUUAUCCGCCGUUGACAUGCGUCUACCUAUGCAAUUGAAAAAGAGAUAAAAAGUAGGGGCGCGUUUUGUUGGUGUGUGCACACUGCACAGGGGAACAACACAUUCAGAAUCCACACGAUUAGACAAAAUGGUUAGGUGUUUCGUAACAAAAGCCAGCGAUGUCUAUCACAUCCGCACUGAGGACGAUGAUAAGAUGCCCGUUCAAACCUUGUGGGAGGCGAAUAAACAAUCCUAGACGACCACGGAGACGAGCCAGCCUACACCACUUUCACUCAAACCAAGGCAGACACAGGCUACUACACAAGCGAAUCAAACAAAACAUAUUCGCACAAAGAGUUUUACUCGGAGGCACAGAAGUUCCCCCAGGCGUUGGUAGCGUGCGAUUUUCCUCGACAUAAGGCGGUGAAUAUAAUUGGCUUUAAUAGUAUUGAAUGGCUCUCCGCAGAUAUGGGUUCUAUGAUGGCCUUUGGAGUCAGUGCCGGUGUGUACGAAACCUCCAGUGCUGAGGCAUGUCAGUACCAAGCAGCGCAUUGUAAAGCGCAUACUGUGGUGGUCGAUGAUGAAGGCGGUCUUCCUGAUUUGAAAGUAGUAGUGGUCUAUAAUAUGAAUCCAGAGGACGUCAGUGCGCACAAAGAGGCCUUUCGCAAACAUGGAGUGUCUCUCUACGAGUACAAGCAAUUCAUGUCAUUGGACAAGGACGAUACACAUUUAGCCGAGGUUAAUGAACGCAAGAAUACGCAGGUCGCCGGCAACUGCAUAAAACUGAUUUACACUUCUGGCACAACAGGAGUACCUAAAGCAGUCAUGCUCAGUCGCGAUAACUUGGUAUUCUCCGCGAAGACCACAGCGCUUACAAUGAAUGGAAUCGGUCCAGGUGAUCGCCUUCUAUCUUAUCUGCCACUGUCGCAUAUUGCAGCUGAGUUCCUCGACUUCGAAUUUGUCUGUAUUCUGGGCUGUCAUACCACCUUUGCCCGUCCAGAUGCCUUGAAGGGCGGCACACUUGGUCAGUCGCUCGUUGCCGUGCAGCCUACCAUCGUUUUGGGAGUACCACAUGUAUGGGAGAAGAUCGCCGCCAAACUACACGCAAUAGGUGCCGAAUCCACAGAUCUCAAGCUCAUGAUCAGCACGUGGGCUAAAGGCUCAAAGUUCACAAAUCCUACAGGAGGUUUGGGAUAUAGUCUGGCGAACAUGCUGGUAUUCAGCAAGGUCAGAGCAGCCCUGGGUCUGGAUCAUUGCCAUUUGUGCGUGACUGGUGCAGCGCCUAUUUCAAUGGAGACUUUGUACUUAUUUGCGGGAUUGGUCAUACCUUUGCUCGAAGGACAGUUCGAAACCUCCGGACCAGCCACUCUCUGCACAACCAGCCUUGGUUACCGAAAGGGUUCAGUUGGUCGCAAAAUUUCCGGCAGCGAGCUUCGAGUUGAUUCUGAAACUCAGGAGAUCCAAUUCAUGGGCCGACAUGUGUUUAUGGGAUACCUCAAGAAAGACGAGAAGACCGCAGAACCCUAA